AUGAGUGGAAUGGAGUUCAGUGAUGGUUUUGUUUCAAAUGAGCAUCGGGAGCUCCAUCGUUCUGCUACAGAAAGUGCAGAUCCAUUAUCUGUUUCUCCACUGAACAUUGGUAACAAGUCUCCAAGGUCCCUGAAGUCUCCCACAUCCCCAAACUCUCCAAGGUCCCCAAAGGUGCAGGGAAAAAGUGGAAACACUAGUCCUCUUGCGCAUGAUAGGCAAUCACAUUCUUCUGUAGAUGGGCGUCCUAAAAAGGGUGGUUCUGGGGGAAAAGGCACCUGGGGAGGGUUACUUGAUACCGAUGACAGUUACACUGUUGACCCUAGCGACCCAAAUUUUGAUAGCAGCGAGGAAUGUGAACAACCAAAUGCAAAACCUGAGAGUCAGGAUUUUGAGGAAUACAAAAGGAAAGCAACAGUAAUAGUGGAGGAAUUCUUUGCUACCGAUGACAUUACCUCUACAGCGAAUGAACUAAGGGAACUUGAUAUGCCUAGCUAUAGCUUCUAUUUUGUAAAGAAGCUUGUUUCUAAGGCUAUGGAUAGGCAUGACAAGGAGAAAGAAAUGGCUGCCGUUCUUUUAUCUGCAUUAUAUGCUGACUUCAUUGAUCCCCCACAAGUUUACAAAGGGUUCUGUAAAUUGGUAGAAUCUGCAGAUGACUUGAUUGUGGAUAUACCUGAUACCGUUGAUGUUCUUGCAUUGUUCAUUGCCCGAGCUGUUGUUGAUGACAUACUUCCUCCUGCCUUUUUGAAAAAACAGAUGAAUUACAUACCUAAGGACUCAAAAGGGGUUGAAGUUUUGAAGAGAGCUGAGAAGGGCUACUUAGCAGCCCCACUCCAUGCUGAAAUCAUUGAGCGGAGGUGGGGAGGCAGCAAGAAGAGAAGUGUUGAUGAUGUUAAGGCUAGGAUAAAUAAUUUGUUGAUAGAGUAUGUUGUCAGCGGUGACAAGAAAGAGGCUUGCAGAUGCAUCAAGGAGUUGAAAGUUCCUUUCUUCCACCACGAAAUAGUUAAACGAGCUCUUGUAAUGUCAAUGGAGAGGCAGCAAGCUGAAGGCAUGCUACUCGAUUUGCUGAAAGAAGCUGCUGAAGAAGGUUUGAUCAACUCAAGCCAAGUAUCAAAAGGCUUUGGUAGGAUGAUUGACUAUGUUGAUGACUUGUCGCUCGACAUACCAAAUGCUCGGGGAAUAUUACAGUCAUUGAUCUCUAAGGCAGCAUCGGAGGGAUGGGUGUGUGCUUCGUCCUUAAAGUCACUCUCGCUUGAGCCAGGAAAGCCAUCUUUAGAAGAUAGUGUUGCCAGAGCUUUCAAGAUGAAGGCUCAACCUAUUAUUCAGGAGUACUUCUUGUCCGGCGAUAUCUCAGAGGUAAACAGUUGUCUAGAGUCAGAGAACCGUACUAGCUCGUCUGACCUGAAUGCUAUUUUUGUUAAAAGACUGAUAACCUUAGCAAUGGAUCGGAAGAACAGGGAGAAGGAAAUGGCAUCUGUUUUACUGUCUUCUCUAUGUUUUCCAGCUGAUGAUGUUGUAAAUGGGUUUGUAAUGCUGAUAGAAUCCGCAGAUGACACGGCUUUGGAUAAUCCUGUUGUUGUUGAAGACCUUGCAAUGUUUCUGGCUAGAGCAGUGGUGGAUGAAGUUUUAGCCCCACAACACUUGGAAGAAAUUGGAAAUCAGUGUGUGGCACCUGAUUCAGUUGGGAGCAAGGUUCUUAAAAUGGCAAAGUCAUUGCUAAAGGCUCGGCUAUCUGGGGAGCGAAUACUAAGGUGUUGGGGUGGUGGAGGAAGCAGUAGGCCUGGAUGGGCAGUUGAGGAUGUUAAGGACAAGAUCGGAAAGUUGUUAGAAGAGUUCGAGUCUGGAGGUGGUGUUAGAGAGGCCUGUCGCUGCAUGAAGGAGUUAGGCAUGCCAUUUUUCAACCAUGAGGUUGUUAAGAAAGCUUUGGUGACCAUUAUGGAAAAGAAGAAUGAAAGGCUUUGGAUUUUGCUUGAGGAAUGUUUUGGCUCCGGACUCAUAACAAUGAACCAAAUGACCAAGGGGUUCGGAAGAGUUGCAGAAUCAUUAGAUGAUUUGGCUUUGGAUGUUCCUGAUGCUCAGAAACAAUUCGGUCAUUACGUUGAACGAGCAAAGACUGCAGGGUGGUUGGAUUCUUCAUUUUCUUUCAGCAAAUCAAAUGGGACCUGCUAAUUAACAGGACUUUGUAUUUCAUUACCUGAUCAUAUA